AUGUUUGAUAAAAAUGUGGGUUAUGAUCCUAUCAUUUUUCUCUGGAAUCCUCUUGUUCAGAAAUGGAGGACUGUCCCCGAGUCUCCUCUUUCGACAUUCACAUUUAGGGAAACUAGGUGGAAUGCUUUAGCUUUCGGGUUUUUACCGGAAUUUGAUGAUUAUGUUGUGGUACAUAUUGUCAAACCUAGUUCGACCUGUGAACUUUUGGCAUUCGAUUUCUUGGGUUUUGACCCUCCUGUGGCCUAUGAGCAGUUCCCGCAUACAGUCAUGAUUGGUGUUUAUAGUCUAAACACUAAUUCUUGGAAGGAAAUGAGCCAAGAUAAGGUUUUUGUUGGUCGAGUGUCAAGUGAUACGGUCGUGUUUGUCAAUGUCUAUUGCUUAUUUGUUGAGAUUGAUCAGAUGGAUCUAGACGAAGAGGGUGACGAAAAUGGACUUCCUCAUUUGGACAUGUGGAUAUUGAAAGACGAUAUGAUGGAUGGGUUGUCUUGGGAGAAAAAGAUGAGUGUUACUUUAGGUGAAAAUGUUUGGGUUGAAGUUUUGGGUACAAGGAACAACGGUGAGCCAAUACAAGCAAAAUCAAACAAAUUGAUUUCAUACAAACUUGAUACUUAUGAGCCAUAUGAUUUUGUUAAAUCAUGUGCUCAUUUGACUCCUUCUUCCUAUUACAAGGACGGCUGUGAAUCACUUUUUGUCAUUCGUCCUUUUGUAGAAACUUUAGUUUUUCAUGAUAUGGAUCGGGAGAAUUGA